AUGGCAGCAGCAGCAGCAACGCAGACACCGUUCUCGGUCAAUGGCAAGACGGCCAUCGUCACUGGCGGAGGCUCAGGCAUCUGCCUCGCAUUCUGCACCGCCCUCCUCUCCCGCAACUGCAACGUCGUAAUCGCAGACCUAGCGCUACGGCCCGAAGCCGAGGCACUGGUAUCCGCGCAUAAGGACAAAGACGCCAGCAACAAGGAAGGGCGCGCCGUGUUCGUGCCGACAGACGUGCGCUCCUGGCCAGCGCUAGACGAGAUGUUUGCCACUGCGGUGCGCGAGUUCGGCACCUUCGACAUCGUGUGUCCCGGCGCGGGCGUGUACGAGCCGCACUGGAGCAACUUCUGGCACCCGCCGGGCGCGAGCGCCGCGAGCCGCGACGAUCCGGCGGGCGGGCGGUACACACAUCUGGACAUCAACAUCACGCACCCGGUGCGGGUGACGCAGCUGGCGCUGGCGCAGUGGCUGAACCCGGCGUCCGAGGAUGGCAGCGUCAAGGAGACGCGGGUGUCGCCCGCGGCGCCCAAGCGCGUCCUCCAUGUCUCGAGCGUGGCGGGGCAGUCGCCUGGGUUUGCGAACCCCGUGUACGCGGGCACGAAGCACUUCAUCAGCGGGUUUGUGCGGAGCCUGGCGCCUCUGGAGGCGCGGCUGGGCGUGCGGGUGAACGCGGUCGCGCCCGGUGUCGUGCGCACGCCGCUGUGGACAGAGCAUCCCGAGAAGAUGACGUAUGUGGACGAGGGCGGGGACCGGUGGACGACGCCGGAGGAGGUGGCGGACGCGAUGGUGAGGCUGCUGGAGGGCGAUGAGAAGGAGGCUGGUGCUGGCACUGUGCUGGAGGUUGGCGCGGGCUGUACGAGACGCGUUGACGCUUUUGAUGCGGCUCGCCCGGAUCCGGCGCCUAGUAAGGGCCUUAUUCCGGGGAAUGUGCAGAUGGGCGUGGAGGAGGUGUUUGGUUGGUUGGCGGAGGAGGGGUGGGGUGUUAGGAAGUAG